UCCAUAUGCCAUGGGUGUGGCCCUAGAAAAGACAAAAAAAAGAAAAAACCCACGAGUGAUAGAUUAUCAGAUUACUUUGAGAUUUGUCAGGUUUGCUUCUGGCCAGUUUUCUGAUAAGGAGAAACUUCAGAGAAACUGAAGGAGGGGAAAGUUUGCAGGCAGGAAUCUAAGGAAAACUAAAUUUACAUUCCUCACCUCUUUAACCUGGGUGACAAAAAUUGUCCAUUAAGGUAUUUGGUCACAUGACUAUAAAGGUAGCUUUUGCUUCAUAAAGUUCUUGAAGCUUCCUGGUGGCUCAGUGGGUUAAGAACCCAGAGUUGUCAGUGCUAUGACACAGGUUCUAUCCCUGGCCGGGGCCGGUGUGGUGGACAAAAAUAAAACAUAAUAAAUUUCUUGUCUUAUGUUUGUUUUUGUCUUUUUAAACUAGGGAAGUUCUAUGGGAAUUUAACAGAUACCACAGAAACAUCAGUUCCAAGUCCCCAUUUUCCACAUUGAUACAGUGUAUCUUUUUCGCAUGGAAAUAAAAUUUAUGGAAUAUAAAGUCUAUUGUAUUUGAAAGCUCAACCUGCAGAAGUCAAAUUUUUUAAAACUUAAAAAAUAUCAGAAAUUGCUUUGGCAAGUUUCAAGGAGCAAAUAUUUUAUGAUCUAAAAUACUUAAUAUGUCACUGUCACUUGCAUUUGACACAGAUUUUGUCAUGAUGACAUGAAAGAUCUGCUGAAAUGGUUAUAGAUUCAAGACGAAUCUGUAAGCUCAGGAAAUAAUUGUAGUAGAGGGUUUUUUGUUGUCUUUUUGUUGUUGUUGGCUUUGUUUUUUGUUGUCUUUUUUUUUUUUCCUGCUUAGCAUCAAAACCACCUGCUCUUGUUUGGAAAAUGAAAAGGUUUGUGAGUCUAGAUUGAAGUCCAAAAAGCCUGAUAACUUUUCCUCUUUCCUGGCAGCUAAGACACAUGGAUAUCACCUCAUUUUGGUCAAUUGAACGUCCUUACCACUAUCUGUAAAUAGAGAAUAGUGUUACAAGGAAGAAAUAAGAGAUUGGAAUUAGUCCCAGUGGCCUUGCAUUGCCCCGUUGUGUCGGGGUCCAAGUGUCCAGCUAUAAUGAAUGGCCCCUUAACCAGGCUGUACCUUUGACCAUGGGUCCAGCUAUCUGCUUUCCCCAGGUUGCCAAACUAUCAGAUAACCAUUCAGGAAAUUGUGGUUUGUUGUUGUUUUUAAGUUUCCAGGCCAGGAAUCCAAUCUGAGCCACAGCUGUGGCAAUGCCAAAUCCUUUAACCCACUUUACCGGGCUGGAGAUCAAAUCUGUACCUCUGCAGGGACACAAGCUGCUGCAGUCGGAUUCUGAACCCACUGCACCACAGUGAGAACUCCAGGAAAUUGUUUUCUUACCUAAGCACAAGAUGAACAGUUACGGUUUUUGCCUUAUAUACAAUCCCUGUUUAGAGUUGUAGGAAAACUCUUAUUGACUAAGGAUGCUGCAAGGCCAUUUAUGAGCCCUGCAGUUUCCUAGAUAAUAAGGGGCCACCAGCCUAAGCUCCAGGAGAGAAGAGACACCUAGCUGGAGCUGUAUACUGAGCUCCUAGCUCAGGGCCCCAGCACACAUGUUUAGUAAAUUUUUAUUUGAUUUUGACCUGAACAAAUAAAAUAGUAACGCCAGGCUGUAGUUCUUCUCAAUAGCUAUUUAAAAGUUUUGGAUCCUCUCUGCUUUUAGUGUUGAUUUUCCUUAGGAAGGAAGAGAACUCAAAAAUGGUGACACUGAGGGUUUUAAUUCAGGUAAAAAGGAGGCUGUGUUUCAAGGACCAGAAAUGAGGAAGUCGGAAGGAAGGAGAUUAGGUUUCUGCUGUGAUAAAUUGAACCUGUUUAAUUCUAUGGCUUUUACAUUUCUAACUAGGUUGAACCAGUUGUGUCACUCAUUAGGUAGCUUUCGAUUUGUUUGAAAAGUACAAGAGUCCCUCCUACUGGACCUUGAUCCAGCAAAAACAACUUACCUAACAACUUCAGACCGGCACCACGACACCUGCACGAAGAAUGUUCUUUAGUUUUUUAAAUGGUUCUACCCGUGUGAUUUAUUUAAGCUUUCAAAAUGAUCAGAAAACUUUUUAUUGUCCUGCUUUUGUCGUCUGAGACUCUUGGAGAAGCAAAGGAAUCAUUUCUCAGUUUUCCAAAUGUCGAAAAGACUGAAAUACUUUUUUUCACAAAGACUGAAGAAACCGUUGUUGUAAGGUCAAGUUACAGAGGUAAACAACCAAACUCCAACUACCUCUUUGUGCAGCUAGAAGAUCCUAAAAUGCUGCAAGUGGUAAAUGUGACCAAGACCUCAUCGGAUGUUACGAACUUUACCAUAAACCUGGUGACGGUUGAAAACGGAGAGACAAAUUUAACCAUUCAGCUGUGGGAUUCUGCAGGUAGGCAAGAAAGACUCAUUGAAGAAAUAAAGAAUGUCAGAGUCAGGGUGCUCAAACGGAGACAAGACAACCUUUUCCAGGCCUCAAACCUUAUGGACAGAAACAUCCUAAUGCUUUUUCUACCAAUGAUACUGUUAAAUAAAUGUGCGUUCGGCUGCAAGAUCAAAUUCCAGGUGUUUCAAAUGGUAUGGAAGAGACCUUUGCCAAUAAUUCUUGGGGCAAUCAUACAGUUUUUUCUUAUGCCAUUUUGUGGAUUCCUUUUGACGCAGAUUUUGGCAUUGCCUGAGGCACAGGCUUUUGGAUUUGUAAUGACCUGCACCUGCCCGGGAGGGGGUGGGGGCUAUCUCUUUGCUCUGCUUCUGGAAGGAGAUGUCACUUUGGCCAUUUUGAUGACUUGCACGUCAACAUUACUAGCCCUGAUAGCGAUGCCUGCCAAUUCGUAUAUAUACAGCAGGAUGUUAGGGUUAUCAGGUACACUUCAUGUUCCUAUUUCAAAAAUUAUGUCGACUCUCCUUUUCAUACUUAUCCCCAUAUCAGUGGGAAUGUUCAUUAAGCGUAGACUCCCCGAAAAAGCAACUUUCCUGGAGAGAAUCAUUAGACCUCUGAGUUUUAUUUUAAUGUUUGUAGGGAUUUCUUUGACUUUCAGAAUGGGAUUCGUGUUUCUAAAAACAGUUAAUCUAGAGGUGCUUCUGUUGGGUCUGUUAGUUCCUGUAUUGGGUUUGUUGUUUGGGUACUUUUUUGCUAAAAUUUCUAUGCUGCCUCUUCCUGUUUGUAAAACGGUUGCUAUCGAAGGUGGGGUCCUGAAUAGUUUCUUAGCCUUUGCCAUUAUUCAGCUUUCUUUUUCACAGUCUGAUGCAGACUUAGCUUCUGCAGCUCCUUUUACAGUGGCCAUGUGCUGUGGAUGUGAAAUGUUACUGAUUCUUCUGCUCUACAAAGCUAAGAAGAGAUGUGUCCUUAUCAUAGAAGAGAAAAGGCAAAAAAAUCUCCUGAUCUAAUUGUUAUGCCUGGGUCUGCAGUUCCAGCUCUGUCACCAGAUGGGUGACAUUGGUUAAGUAGCUUAAUCUCUCUAUGUCUAAAUUUAUCUGGAAAGCGGGGAGAAUGAUAGUACCUACCUCGUGGCAUUGUAAAAAUUAAAUGAGUUAAUAUUAGCAAUGUUCUCAGAAUCAUGCCUGACACAUAGUAAACUCUAAAAUUAUUAUGGUUUC